GAUGUAUAGCCUAAUACAUAUUUACAUAGGACUAUGUAUUUUGUCUCACUUGGUGCUUUCAAGACAACUGGGAACUCUGGGGAAAAAACGAGGUCAAAUCCUUACUUCGGAAAGUCGGAGCUCUAGAAAGAUGCCCGAGUUUCCGACUUUGAAUUCCGAGUUGAAAGAUAAUUCAAAAGAUUUUUCCCAGUCAGAGCUCUGAUAUUUCCGAGUUCCGAGUUGUUUUUAACGCGACUCUGACACUAGACAUGUUCAGGACAUGCCCGAAACACACAGACACACACAGAGCAGCAGCAAGCCAAUAGAAUGAAUCUGACGUGUUUGUCAUGAGAUAGUGACUCAUGCAGUAGAUCUUCAAUUCCGCUUUUGAACCAGUUUUACUUUCAUACACAACUCUCGACUAGACAGAACUUCAUCGGAAUUUACAGAAUCCUUCUAACUUGUUGAAACUCGCCGAACAAUGACUCCCACCAAGACAAGCCAGGACGGCUCUCACCGUGACAGCUCAGUGGUUGCAUCUGCCUCAAAUAACCCCCCAACACAGAUGCAUAUCAACAGAGGUUCCACCCUAACCCCUUCUGAUGGCUCAGGGGACUCAGCAGGGUGGUCAGCCACUGUGAAGACCCCAGCCUCAGGGACCACCAGAGCCACAGCCAGCCAGGCCAGGGGAGCAGGAGCAAAGACCACAGAUACACGUUACGCCAAAAAGAACAUCCCUACUGUCAGAUAUCAUCCUGACAUCACAGAGAAGAAACCUGAGGCCCAUCAGCAUAGUCAUAGCCCUGUCAAGAGCAGCCAGGUCAGGGGUAAGCCUUUGGUCUCUCCCCCCAGGAUCAAAGCUAUGCCCCUGGGGUUAGGUCAGAAGAUGGAGGGUGGCGUUGUGGAGAAGGUGGAGCUCCAGACCCGGGGCCAGAGAGAGAACCCCAGCUGGUUCGCCUGGCGUCAGAACCGCAUUACAGCGUCCAUCGCUCACCGCCUCGCCCACAGCCGCUUUGUCACUGGCAAGAGCCAGACCCCGCCUGCUUCCUAUCUGGCCGCCAUCACCGGCCGUGGCACCAACGUCAAAACCCGCGCCAUGAACUGGGGCAUUGAGCGGGAGGCCGAGGCCGUGCGGAGAUAUCAGAGCCUGAAGAGCAAGGCCCUGGGCCGGGCGGUGAGGGUGCAGGAGUGUGGCCUAUUUAUCGACCCCAAGCGCCCCUGGCUAGCAGGCAGCCCUGACGGCAUUGUAGAGGACCAGAGGACCGGCCAACGGCUGCUCUGCCUGGAGGUCAAGUGUCCCUACAAGCACCGUCUGAACACUGUAGCACAGGCCUGUAGAGAGGACCCUGCCUUCUGCCUGACGAUACAGGACCAGGGUGUGGAACAGGUGAGGUACCAUCUGAAACCAGACCACGCCUACUACACCCAGAUCCAGUGCCAGCUGGCAGUGACAGGGUUAACCCAGGCUGACCUAGUGGUGUUCACCCUGAAAGAAACAGCCAUCAUCCCUGUGACCUUUGACCCUAUGUUCUGGGACGACAUGCUGGUCAAGCUGGAGAUGUUCUACACCGACGCUGUCCUGCCCUACGUCAGAGACAACGGACUGGACGUACCAGCCAUGAGGCCAGAGGAGUAGCUAGCAUGCUUGGACACUGGUUCUAACAGUGUCCAGGCAUGUCUGGACACUUAACACACAGGGGGUGGCUAGCUGGUUCAGGAUGUCAGAUAUAGAAGUCCUGAGACUGUAGUUGUGUCUGUGGUGAAGGACUGGUCUGGGUAGGGUAAGUGGUAAAGGGCAAUGGAGACUGCAUAGAUAAGUGGUGGAGGACCUUCUGCUUUUGUCAGGUAGGCUUAGAGAUUUGAACCUAUCACUUUACUGUCAAAUAUUUGAAUGUAAAUAAACCAUGCCUGCCUUAAGACAUCUCA